CCACCACCACUCUACCCUUCCUUCCAUCCGUUUGCCCCUAAUUUCCCUCUUUAACCCCCAUCUAAUUUCCACCUACUUUUACAUUAAACAAGCAUAAGCACCCCCCUUAAUUCAAUUUUGUGAAAUAUUACGCAUACAUCGUGAAUUUAUCCAGUACAUACUCAAAAGAUAGUGGACAUUACAAAAAGAAUUAUAUGCUUAUUUUUAUGUGUGAAAGAUUGGUGGCCGACUGAUUCACACUAGCUAGUCACAACUCAAGGUUGGCUGUUUUUCUUUUGUUUUCUCUUUCUGAUUCAUGGCUUUACACACACUUGUUUAAUAACACUUUGUUGCCAUUCAUCACUAUAUAAAAGCAUAGCCCACUAUCCCACCACUCCAGUUUUCAUGCUUAUAGUCUCUGCUUGUGUUUUCUUCAAUUACCCUCUCUCUCUCUCUCUCUCUCGCUUUCUCUCAUUUCUUCUGUGUUUCUUUUUCCCUUUUGGGGGGUUUUGAUAAAUGGAAGCCCCGGAAGAGUUCACAGGCUCUAGCGAUCAGGCCAUGGUUGUGAAGGGUAAGCGCACCAAGCGGCCGAGGCCUUCGGCCUCUCCUCCCUGCGCGGCGGUGGCGUCCAGUUCAUCCGGCGGAGAUGUUUAUUCUUCUUCAUUCCCAUCUCCAGCCACGUCCGGCGAGAUAUCUUCCAGCACCGAUCACGAAGACGAAGACAUGGCCAAUUGUCUGAUUCUUUUGGCCCAAGGCGGUGGUAAUUCAAGGCCUGUGGAAGAUGAUCAGAUUGAAACGUUCAGAACGUCGACUGCCAAACCGGCCGGGUUCUAUGUCUACGAGUGCAAAACGUGCAACCGGACUUUCCCGUCGUUCCAGGCUCUCGGCGGCCACCGGGCCAGCCACAAGAAGCCCAAAGCAGAGGAGAAGAGGCCGGGUCCGGCGACACACUGCAGCGAAGAAGAAGAAGGCCAAUUCAACAAGACUAUUACUAUGGCCGCCAAAGUUUCACCUCUGAAUCACAAGGGUUAUAAGGUUCAUGAGUGUUCGAUUUGCGGGUCGGAGUUCUCCUCCGGCCAAGCUUUGGGCGGCCACAUGCGGCGGCACCGGGCUCCUCCGCCCGCUCGAACCGCCGUGAACGUCGAAACUGUCGAAUCCUGCGAAGAAAGUAACAACAAACCAAGGAAAUUCCUACCGUUGGAUCUGAACCUGCCGGCGCCGCCGGAGGAUGAUCAUCACAAAGAUCCCAACUUUGAGUUCACACCCAACAAACAGCACCUCGUCUUCUCCGCCCCGGCCUUGGUGGAUUGCCACUACUAGCUAGCACAGAAGAGGGUCCAGAAAUUACCAAGAUUAAAUGUGAAUUAUAAUUACCAUUAUUAUCAAUCAAACUAUGAUUCAUUAUUAUCAA